AUUACUCAGCUCUGUUUAUUUAAUUUAUUUCUAUAAAUCCCAAUUUUUAUUUUCUUGUUUUCACAUUGAAACAUUGUGAGAGAAAAAAAGGCAAAAAACAUAAAAGGAAGAUCCGAAAAUUUUCCCACGAAAAUCUCAGAAUCUGGGAAAAGAAAAGGAAAAUUAACAAGAUCGUUUUUUUCAGUUUUAACAUUUGUUUCUUCUUCGUUUGAUCAUUCAUCGGAGAAAAGGAACAAAUCUAUUUCCUUAUUUUAAUAAUCACAGAUUUUUCCUUUUUAUUGAUCAUUGUGAUCAUCGUCCUCUACUUAACAUACACUCUGUAUAAGAGACGAACAAGAGUUUUUUUUUUAUCUUUGCUGUGUUGUGUUAUAACGAGCCAUGUCAGAAACUCAGAACUCAACUGAGACGGUUCGAUCUUCGGACAAAACUGAAGAUACCUUGACGAGGAUGAAAGUUAAUGAGGAGAACAUGGAGCAAUCAAGUCCAAGUCCGUAUCCUGAUCGUCCCGGUGAGAGAGAUUGCCAAUUCUUUCUGAGAACUGGGCAGUGUGGCUAUGGAAACAGCUGUCGUUACAAUCAUCCUCUUUCUCUUGUUCCACAGGCUGUCUCAUAUCACAGAGACGAACUGCCUGAGAGGAUUGGUCAGCCAGACUGUGAGUAUUAUUUGAAGACAGGAGCGUGUAAGUAUGGCUCAACGUGCAAAUAUCACCACCCUAAAGACAGGAACGGUGCUGAACCGGUGCUGUUUAAUGUUCUAGGCUAUCCUAUGCGACAGGGUGAGAAGUCAUGCCCAUAUUACAUGCAGACAGGAAUGUGUAGAUUCGGAGUUGCCUGCAAAUUCCAUCAUCCUCAUCCUCAGAAUGGCCACUCUACUACUACAUAUGGAAUGUCUAGCUUUCCUUAUACGAUGAUGUCUUUGCCUCCUGCAACGUAUGGAGUUAUGCCACCUCCUCAAGUUCCUUACCCUCAGGCCUAUAUUCCCUUCAUGUUUGCACCUCCUCAAGGCUGGUCCCCUUACAUGGCAGGAUCUAACCCUAUUUAUAAUGUGAAAACUCAGCCUGACUCAAGUUCUGAAAGAGCUGAGUGUAGGUUUUUUAUGAACACCGGGACGUGUAAAUACGGAGAUGAUUGCAAAUACAGUCAUCCGAAAGAAAGGAUGUUAGAGUCACCACCAAAUCUCUCACACCAUAUUGUUCUUCUUCCAGCUAGACCAGGACAACCUGCAUGUGGUAACUUCAAGGCAUACGGUUUCUGCAAGUAUGGACCAAACUGUAAGUAUGAUCACCCAUCUUCGCCUGUCUCAACUCAACCGAGGAGCUCAACACCACCAAGCCGCUCUGACUCAACUGCCAUCUCCAAUGGUGAUAAACCUGGUGCGGAAAAUAACAGCUCAGAGAUUGAGAAACAGGACGAAGAUAUAUCAGACAAGUCUGAAGUGCAGGAGUCAUCACAACUAAGCGGCUCUGAUUCAACUGCCAUCUCCAAUGGUGUUAAACCUGCUGCAGAUAAUCACAGCUCAGAGGUUGAGAAACAUGACGAUAGCUCGGACAAGACAGAAUCACAACUUAGCGGCUGUGAAUCAACUGUCAUUUCCAAUGGUAAUAAACCUGCCGCAGAGAGUCACAGCUCAGAGAUUGAGAAACAAGACGAAGAUAUCUCUGACAAGGACUGUGAUUCAACAGCCUUGUCCAAUGGUAAAACUGAUGCAGAGAGUUCAAGUUCAGAGAUUAAGAAACAGGAAGAUAAUAAUGCUUCACAACGGGUCAACUGAGGAAAGCAGGACUCAUCCGGUAAUGUUUCAUGAUCAUGACUUCAGAAUCAAUAUCAUCAUCAUCAUCACAAUCCUGGUUUCUAACAAUCUCAAAUGAUUCCCUGCCCUUUUUGUUAAUUUUUUUGGAAGGAGGGCUUGGAAAUGUUCUAUCUUUUUGUGCUCUCUCUUUUUUUUUUUUUUUUUAAUUUGGUUUUGGAAACUGCCAUUGCUGAAACAAAAUAGGAAGUGAACAGUGUUUUUAAAUUGGUUAAUAAAACUUGACUUCAGUUAGCAAUUUACAGAUGCUCAACCAAUAUUAUUCGAAUUGUUUUAGAUUAGCAACUCUAAAAAACCUGAACCUUAAAUUUGUGUUGUACACUGGUAAAAAAUGUUUGAUUUUGAAUUUGAAUAAUUGUAAAGGUAGUUAAUUUAUGGAAGCUCUUUAAGUACAUACUAUUUUUUACAUCAGCAAAUUUGGAACUGUAUCAGUUAAAUAUUCAUUUGUAUCAAUUUAACACAAAUGAUAUCAUUCGGUAAGCAUUUUUUUAACUGAUAUCAACUUUAGAUUGAUGUAAAUUUAUGCUUUUUAUUCAUUUAACUGUAUCAGUUAAAUAAUUGAUACAAAAUAAGUAAACGUAUCAAUUAUUUAACUGAUACAGUUCCAUAUAAUAAUAUCAUUUAUGUUAGAUUGAUACAAAUGAAUAAGUACAUACUAUUUAUGCUUUUUAUUCAUUUGUAUCAAUUUAACACAAAUGAUAUUAUUAUAUGGAACUGUAUCAGUUAAAUAAUUGAUACGUGAUUAAGUGAUGUAAAUUUAUUUUACAUCAUUUAUAACUAAUGCAAAUAUAUAAUAUAAAUGAUGUUAAACAACCUUUAUUUUGUAGUGUGUCAUAAGGAAUUAGACAGAUCUUAAUACUCUAAUCAAGCAAAACUUUGACAUACACGUAACACCCACACCAUCCAUAUAAAAAUAUAUGCAGGUUAGUUAUCGUUACUUGUGACGGAAGCUACCCGAAUAUAGAAACCUACCACCGAUCUCGGCCAAUGUCUUGUGAUAAUUCUUACAACCAAAUCCUCAAAAAUCUCAAACUCGAUAUCCAAAACCGCCUCGGCUACUUCUGCAUCGUUCUUUGAUCUCCAUGAUCCCAAACUCUCUGUUCUGAUAUCAUGCUCUACCACCAUAUCGAUAGUCUUAAACUCUCUCCAAGAUCUCAAUCUCUCACAAUACCCUUUUGGCUACUUGGGAUUCAACUUCUUGCAAAAAAGCCCAUGAUCAGUUGCUCAAAUCUACAAAGAUUUUGUAUAAACAGAUGCUUUGCUUCUGUAAAUCGAGAUUCAGACACUAAAAACAUCACUCUAAACAUCUUGUGAGAAAUCGAGAUUAUUUUUUUUUUUUUGGUAAGAAGAAAUCGAGAUUUUAUUCAAACGAAAUAAUUUAAAGGGAUUAUAUUAAAAUAUUCAUAUUAAAAUAUUAAGGUUACUGAUACAAUAUUAUUUAGUUUAAAACUUUAUUCGAGAAACACCUGUAACGGAGUUGCUCUUAGGAUUACAUACGAGAUUUUUAAUUUUAGCAUUUUUCAGAUCCUUAAGUGGCUUAGCGAAGCAUUCCCAACUCCUUUUCUAGGCACGUAGUGGUUGGAGGCUUCCGCGGUGGUGUCUCUGUACUUGGGAGGGUUUUGUUCAGACAGAAGCUCUUUAAUGGGUCCAUAAACUCUCGAACUUGAUGAAGGAUGCACAAAGAAAGACGCGACCGAAGUGCGCGGCUCGUCACGUCCAUUUGCUAAAACUCUAUGCUCCACACUUACAAACUUGUCAUUUGUUAUAAGCUACAAAAAAUAAAAUAAAAACAUGAAGAUCCUUUUUU